AUGACAGCUGUCGAGCUCCGUUGGGCCUCCACUCCGUGUUACGACAACUUCACUUGCGACAUGGAGGACCGAGCAGAUUACGACGAACUCGCCUGGGACCGAUUUGAUCAACAGAGAGACCAGCUGCAGAAACAACUUUUCCGUCUCUCCACGAUCAAAAGCCUCCAAGAUGUCGUGCAGGCAACUUUUGCCCAAGAGGCAAGAUGGAUAAGCCCUGUGAAUAUUGGCGGAUGGAACAUUGUGUUUGUCUUUGAGCUUGCGGCGUCAAAUUCAAGGGUGGUGCUUCGUCUGCCAAGUCCUCAUGUGGCUCACUUUGCUGGGGAAAAAACGUCUUUGGAAACUGCGACGAUCAAGUUUCUGUCACAGCACACAAACGUUUCCAUUCCCACGCUGUUCUCCUCAGGCCAGCAUGCCAACCUUGGCCACUACAUCAUUCUCGAAUUUAUUGAAAACACUGGGCUGCUAUCGCGCGCUUUAGCGCAGCCCAACGAAAACAAGGAGGAAGCUCCGGUCCUGAACAUGGAUAUGGCUGGUUGUGAACUCGAGGCUCACCUAUAUGACGUCGCAGUCCAUCUACGGCGUCUCUUCCAGCCAAGCUUUCCAGCUAUCGGGUCGUUCACCCAGAGUCCGCAAGGUGAUUUUGAGGUGGGCGGCAGGCCACUCACUCAAAACAUGUACAACAUGACAUAUCUCGCCAAUAUACCACCCAGUGUGCUGCCGGCUCAUGACAAAGUCUAUCACACGGCGGAUGACUGGUAUAUUGCUUUGGCGGAAAUGCACAUGCUGCAGCUCGCCUUUCAGCACAAUGACCUUGUCAAAGAUGAAGACGACUGUCGAAGCAAGUAUGUUGCUCGCCACCUGUUCCUGGAGCUUGCUCGCGCCGGUAAGCUAUCGACCUUUGGUUUCAGCGACGAUACAUGGUCCGCUCAGUCAAAGGGCAGUCUGCGCGGGCGAUGCAGAGCUCCAAGCAAUACAGGACCGUUCCAUAUCUGGUGUGAUGAUUUUCGACCCGCCAAUAUGCUGUUACACAAAGAGCGCGGCAAUGGCAGCACAAUCAUUGACUGGGAAUUUACAUAUGUUGCUCCAACGCAAUUCGUCCUUGACCCGCCUUGGUGGUUAUUGUUGGAUGUACCCGAGAUGUGGCACUCGGGAAUGGAGGAUUGGGCGCAACAAUAUGGCCGAUGUCUGGAUAUCUGGCUUCGGGCCAUGAAAAGGGCAGAGCAGGAUUCAGCCGAGACGCCAAGUGACUACCUACUUUCCGAGUACAUGCAAGACAGCUGGACGACUGGUCGAUUCUGGCUCAACUAUGCCGCGCGGAAAAGUUGGGCAUUUGACAGCGUUUUCUGGAGGUACUUGGAUGAAAGAUUCUUUGGCGAGCGGCCACAUACACCUGACAGCCGAGAACCGCAUUGGAGAGCAAGGGUAGAACUGUUGAAUCAUGCGGAAAAGAUGGCCAUGGAGGCGUUUGUGGACAGAAAAAUGAGAGAGACCAAAGACAAGGUCCUGCGGACAUGGGAUGAGCAAGAAGCGCAAGACCGCAAAGUCGACGUCUUGUUCAUUCAUGACCAGUGCGCAGAUCAUGAUAACUAA